CACAAAUACUCGCAACUUUGGUAUUGGAAAAAAGAAAAAAAAAAUGGAGAGAUCAGGGGAAGAGGGUUCUUCUUCAUCAUCACCUUCAACCUCAACCCUUCUCCCUCUACAAAAUCCCAAUAUCUCCGCUAACACAUCGGCAAUUAGGAGACCUCGUUGGCCGACGAUCGACGGACCACUUGGACUUUCAGAGGAAGACUCGGUUACAUAUGCUCGCCGCUUUUACAAGUUUGGAUUUUUGCUUCUUCCUUGGCUUUGGGCUGUCAAUUGCUUCUACUUUUGGCCUGUCCUUCGUCACUCUCACUCCUUCCCUUCAAUCCGACGCUAUGUUGUUGGAUCAGCUAUAGGGUGCUCUAUUGCCACUAUCCUGCUGUCUUCAUGGGCAUUAACAUUUUCUAUUGGAGGGGAGCGCCUUUUUGGCCCGGUUUGGAACAAGCUUGUUAUGUACAAUGUUGCUGAUCAGUUAGGUCUAACAGGUUGGAUGUAGUAGCUACGUCUCGGAAUGUCUUCCAUGUUCACAGCAUAUGUUGAUAGUCCUCUAUUGUCUCCCUCCUUUUUCUCUGUGAUAAAAGAUGCAUAAAAGAUGCUGUUAAUAUUAUUUUCAACUGAGUCCUUUGUAUUUUGUGAAUUUUUCUCUGGUUCUCAUAGAAUUAUCUGGUUUCAUGGAUACUACGAAGUUUGUAAAGAGUUGUACCAGAUACUUGGAUUUUGAAGUUACAUUGUAUCUGAAGAAAAAUAUAGUCUUUGAAAGUUGAAAACCCCCAAUUUUUUAACGUAGAGAUGUGCUCAAACAA